AGUUUCAAGGUCAAAGAUCCUCAACUUAUGAUAGCAUUCACUUGUAAGAAAUGUGAUACGAGAUCUUCGCAUACUUUCUCUCGUCAAGCUUAUUAUAAAGGUACUGUCGCCAUUCAGUGUCCUGGGUGCAAAAAUCGUCAUUUGAUAGCAGACAACUUAAAGAUCUUCAAAGACAAUAAAUUUUCAUUGGAAGAUGUUCUCCGAGCCAAGGGAGAGUCAGUAGCUACUGAUGUAAACGAUUUGGUGUUUGAAGACAUUCCAGAGAGCUUGAAAAGCACUCUUGGUCAUUAUGCCAAAGAUGCCCCAGAGGAGUAUAAGCAGGGGCCAGAAGACUUAGAAGAAGUGAAGUCGUUGCCAAACUCUGAAGAGAAAAAGGUGUAG